CUCCGAGACCGCGAGAGCCCCGAGGGUGGGAGAUCCGGGGGAAUGUCUCCACCCUGCCCUGGCCCGCUACGUCCAUCUGUCCGUCUGUCCACUCCCGCCUCUUCCCACCAUCUCCAAUCCCCCCAUUCUCCGGAGGGCGGGCGGGCGGGCAGGCGGGUGCGAGCGGGGGGUGUGCGCCGCUCUCUCGGCAGGGGGCGGGGGAGGCGGCCGCGCGGUGACGCGCGGGGCUGCUGCGGCUGCUCCGCCGGCGGAUCAUCACUCUCGGGCUGGGAUGGACGCGGGGCGGGCGGGCCCUGGCGCGCGGAGCCAGGAGUCCGGGCCUCCCGGCUGCUGAGCGUCCCUCGAAGCCUCCCCUCACCCCCGCCUUCCCUCCUAGGAUCCGCGCUGACCCCCGCCCCGGGGCUCUGGACUCGGCUCCCGCCCUCUUCUGACUCCCCGGACCUCCCCCUCCCGCCCGCCCUCGGGAUCGACUAGAUCCCUCCCCCUCCCCGAGGAUUCCGGCUGGAUCCCUGCCCCUGCACCGCGGAUCCUGCGCUCCCGGGCCCCGGGCCCCUGGGGAUUAACGUGGACUCCUCCUCCAGCACCCGAUCCUUAGGAUCCUCCGCCUGGACCGCCUUCUGGUCCCUCGAAGCCGGCCCACGGAACCAGCGGAUCCUCAAUCUAGUCCUGUCCCGUUGCCCCCUCCUUUCUCUAACGUCCCUACUGCGGGGUUCCCUGUUCUCGGGCUCCCCCUGAUCCCAUCCCCUAGCUCUCCUUUUCCCGGGGAUCGACUGGAUCCCGGCCCCGCCCCCCGGGGCUGGGGCGAUCCCCCUCCCCCGCCGGGUGAGGCGUUGCGGGCGGGGGCUGGGCCUGCGGGGCCGCGGGGGCUCAGAGGCCGCCACCCCCUCCCGAAGGCCUUUCGCCCCCCACUCGGAGCCCUGGAUGGAGGCACCACGGCCCCAGGGCUGAGCCAGGUAGGACCUAAGCCGGGUCGGUGGAGGGGGCUGCGUGGCGGUCCACUGGGGUCUCCCUCUCCCCAUCUCCCUCCCUGCGCCUGGUUUCCCCCAGCCUGCUCUGUCUGCGUGUCUCCGCCUAGGGAUGCUCUCGCCGUGUCUCUGCGUCUUGGUCUCUUUGUCUCUGCCUCUCUCCAGUCCAUGAAUGAUCCUUUGAAUGGGCCCACAGACCCCGUGUGUUCCCAUCUCCCCCUCCCCCUCCUUCUCCCCUUCCCGGCCAAGCCAUUUUCACCACUGCAGGAAGGGGGGGCCUGCGGCCUGAGCCCCCGUCCCUCAACUCUCCCCGGCUGGGGGAGUCAGGCCUGGGCAGGAAUGGAGAGAGAAGGCAGAGGGAUAGGGAGAAGGAGGAGGGAGCAAGAUGUGGCAGACAGAGAUGGGGAGAGAAAAUGGGGGAGACAGUGAUGGGGAAAGACAGGAGAGAGAGACAGAAGGCUUAAGGGGGAAAUUUGGGGAAGGCAUUUGGAGGAGAGAGAAAGAAAUGAGAAACACCAAGGAGAGAGAUACAGAAGAGAAAGAUGUAAAAAGACCGAGGGUGAGAGACUGAAGGCAAGAGCUGGGGCAAGCUGGAAGAGGCCCACAAAAGAUGCUUCCAGGGAGCACUACGGAGAGGAGAGAGAUGGGGGGGCCUCCAGUGGGAGGGAAGGAGGGAGCGGAGCUGGCUGGUGGGAGGAGGCCAGGGGCCCAGAGUACCCUCAAGAGGAGAGGGUGACUGAGGCAGAUCUUGUUGUGGGGAGGGGGAGGGGGCAGCAAGGCCAUGGUAGCUGAGCCCAGUCUGGCACAGGAAAAGGAGAUCCUGGGGGAAUCAGCCCCGAGCCACCUCCAGGUGAUGGAGGAAUAGAGGAGCCUUAGAGAAGCUGAAAGGCAGGGAGCAUGACUGGGUGUGUGUGGUAAGGAUUCCUGUGUCCUCAUCUCUGGAAUAAAUUGACACCUGCAGAGAGCCACCCGCGGGCUGGCGCCUGGCUCUGAAAACCCCGCGUCAGCAAACAGCUCUGGCGGCUGGUGGGGGGGUGGGGGGGGGCUUGCCGAAAUGACCUGGGUGUCUGCCCCUCCGGUCUGAUCUUCUCCCUUGGCUGGCCCCUGCUGCCCUGAGCACCCAGGCAUCAGAGCAGCAACUGUAGGGGGGGCGGCAAGGGGAAGGGUAGGUGAAUGGAUGGGUUGGGAUGGGAAGAGAAGAAAGCUAAGUGUUGCCCCCAGGACAUGGGUCACAAUGGCUUGCAAAGAUGAAAAGGUGGUGGGGUCCAAGGUUGCUUGAAAUUGCUGGAGGGGGGCAGUCAGUAGGCUCCUGUGAUGUCUCUUCAAGCCCACCUCAGCACCCCCUCUCCCAAGCCAGAGGCCUGGUCACUAAGGCUAGGCUCUGAUUGGCCAACAGGCAGGGCUUUUAGCGUUCUUGGUGCCCCCAAUCUCCCCUUCCUCUCAACAUAUAUACUUCUUCCUCUAUGUUAAGGUUGGGGGGAACUCUUGCAUUCUGACUCACGCCUUUGCCCUCCCCUUCAUGCCCUGAAUGGACCCCCAAACCAAGCCAGCCCCUUCCCGUCUUCCUCCAGAACCCCCCUCCAGGGUUAAAGCUGCAGCCCGUUGCCGAGGUAACAUUGCGGGGCAGCAUCCCGUCACCCAGCAACCGGCUGCAGGAUCACGCAUCUGUCCCUGGAUUUGCCCCUCCAGCGUCCCCUCCCUAUUCUAACCCCAGCCUCAAGGUACCCCAACUUCUGAUGGAGGAAAUGGAGACAGUCUGGGGAGAGAGGGGUCACAGGCAGCACAAAUCCUUAGCGAAUGGUGUGUUGAAGUGGGGAUAAGGUGCUAGGUUUGUGCAGUCCCAAGAAAGGCCUGAGUCUGGCCUGGGGUGGGGGUUCAGCGCCAUGAAAUUACAGCUCAGGAGUAAUUAACACGUAUAAACAAACCUGCCACUUCCAGCUAAUUAAUGACUUGGUAUUUUUGUUUUCUCUUCCUUGUCUACCUCAUUCCCUCCCAGGGAGGUGGGAGCUGGGACUCCUGAGUCCCUGAGGAGAACCUGCCUGGGAGGGAUACAUCAGCUGGAAGGGAGCAUGCUGGGUCUGGAGAGCUGACCCGCCUCUCCUCUGGCUGGGUCCUGGACUUGAACCACAUCUGGGCCCCACCCCCAACCUAGGCGUCUGCUGAGGGGAGAAGGGCUGCUAGGUGGGAGUGGGGAGGUGUCAGGGGGCCUGUGGGUGGGAGAAAGGGGCAACUUGGUCUGAAUUCCAGGUCACUAACCACUUGUCUCUUCUGUUUCCCCAUUCCUUUCUGUCUGCCCCAUCCAAUUUCCCUUGCCCUCUUCCACCUCUGUAUUUUUCUGUCUGUCCGUCUGUCUGUAUCCUGCCUCCCUGCCCCUCUCGCUCCACCUCCCGCAGGUCGGGCCUGCCUUCACCUUCUCCCACUUCCUUCCCCUUCCCCACCCCGUGCCCCCUCCAUGGAGAGGAACAGACCCCUUCUCUGUCCAGUCUAACCCAGGUCCCUCCCCAACCCCCUCCUCCCUCCUUUCCCCCACCCCCUCCUCCCUCCUGGGGCGAGGGGGGCCUCCCUCCCUCUCCCCCCCUUCUCUCUCUCUCCGAGGGGGGGGGGUCCCGGGGAGGGAGGGGGGGUCCCCCGAUCAGCAUGUGGCUCCUGGCGCUGUAUCUGGUGGGGCUGGCGGGGGCUCAACGCGGGGGAGGGGGUCCCGGCGGCGGCGGCGCCCCGGGCGGCCCCGUCCUGGGCCUCGGCAGCCUCGGGGAGGAGCGCUUCCCGGUGGUGAACACGGCCUACGGGCGAGUGCGCGGUGUGCGGCGCGAGCUCAACAACGAGAUCCUGGGCCCCGUCGUGCAGUUCUUGGGCGUGCCCUACGCCACGCCGCCCCUGGGCGCCCGCCGCUUCCAGCCGCCUGAGGCGCCCGCCUCGUGGCCCGGCGUGCGCAACGCCACCACCCUGCCGCCCGCCUGCCCGCAGAACCUGCACGGGGCGCUGCCCGCCAUCAUGCUGCCUGUGUGGUUCACCGACAACUUGGAGGCGGCCGCCACCUACGUGCAGAACCAGAGCGAGGACUGCCUGUACCUCAACCUCUACGUGCCCACCGAGGACGAUAUCCGUGACCCUGGGAAGAAGCCUGUGAUGCUGUUUCUCCAUGGCGGCUCCUACAUGGAGGGGACCGGAAACAUGUUCGAUGGCUCAGUCCUGGCUGCCUAUGGCAACGUCAUUGUAGCCACGCUCAACUACCGUCUUGGGGUGCUCGGUUUUCUCAGCACCGGGGACCAGGCUGCAAAAGGCAACUAUGGGCUCCUGGACCAGAUCCAGGCCCUGCGCUGGCUCAGUGAAAACAUCGCCCACUUUGGGGGCGACCCCGAGCGUAUCACCAUCUUUGGUUCCGGGGCAGGGGCCUCCUGCGUCAACCUUCUGAUCCUCUCCCACCAUUCAGAAGGGCUGUUCCAGAAGGCCAUCGCCCAGAGUGGCACCGCCAUUUCCAGCUGGUCUGUCAACUACCAGCCGCUCAAGUACACGCGGCUGCUGGCAGCCAAGGUGGGCUGUGACCGAGAGGACAGCGCUGAAGCUGUGGAGUGUCUGCGCCGGAAGCCCUCCCGGGAGCUGGUGGACCAGGACGUGCAGCCUGCCCGCUACCACAUCGCCUUUGGGCCCGUGGUGGAUGGCGACGUGGUCCCCGAUGACCCUGAGAUCCUCAUGCAGCAGGGAGAAUUCCUCAACUACGACAUGCUCAUCGGCGUCAACCAGGGAGAGGGCCUCAAGUUCGUGGAGGACUCUGCAGAGAGCGAGGACGGUGUGUCUGCCAGCGCCUUUGACUUCACUGUCUCCAACUUUGUGGACAACCUGUAUGGCUACCCGGAAGGCAAGGAUGUGCUUCGGGAGACCAUCAAGUUUAUGUACACAGACUGGGCCGACCGGGACAAUGGCGAAAUGCGCCGCAAAACCCUGCUGGCGCUCUUUACUGACCACCAAUGGGUGGCACCAGCUGUGGCCACUGCCAAGCUGCACGCCGACUACCAGUCUCCCGUCUACUUUUACACCUUCUACCACCACUGCCAGGCGGAGGGCCGGCCUGAGUGGGCAGAUGCGGCGCACGGGGAUGAACUGCCCUAUGUCUUUGGCGUGCCCAUGGUGGGUGCCACCGACCUCUUCCCCUGUAACUUCUCCAAGAAUGACGUCAUGCUCAGUGCCGUGGUCAUGACCUACUGGACCAACUUCGCCAAGACUGGGGACCCCAACCAGCCGGUGCCGCAGGAUACCAAGUUCAUCCACACCAAGCCCAAUCGCUUCGAGGAGGUGGUGUGGAGCAAAUUCAACAGCAAGGAGAAGCAGUAUCUGCACAUAGGCCUGAAGCCACGCGUGCGUGACAACUACCGCGCCAACAAGGUGGCCUUCUGGCUGGAGCUCGUGCCCCACCUGCACAACCUGCACACGGAGCUCUUCACCACCACCACGCGCCUGCCUCCCUACGCCACGCGCUGGCCACCUCGUCCCCCCGCCGGCGCCCCGGGCACACGCCGGCCCCCGCCGCCUGCCACCCUGCCUCCCGAGCCCGAGCCCGAGCCCGGCCCGAGGGCCUACGACCGCUUCCCUGGGGACUCGCGGGACUACUCCACGGAGCUGAGCGUCACCGUGGCCGUGGGUGCCUCCCUCCUCUUCCUCAACAUCCUGGCCUUUGCUGCCCUCUACUACAAGCGGGACCGGCGGCAGGAGCUGCGGUGCAGGCGGCUUAGCCCACCUGGCGGCUCAGGCUCUGGCGUGCCUGGUGGGGGCCCCCUGCUCCCCGCCGCGGGCCGUGAGCUGCCACCAGAGGAGGAGCUGGUGUCACUGCAGCUGAAGCGGGGUGGUGGCGUCGGGGCGGACCCUGCCGAGGCUCUGCGCCCUGCCUGCCCGCCCGACUACACCCUGGCCCUGCGCCGGGCACCGGACGAUGUGCCUCUCUUGGCCCCCGGGGCCCUGACCCUGCUGCCCAGUGGCCUGGGGCCACCGCCACCCCCACCGCCCCCCUCCCUUCAUCCCUUCGGGCCCUUCCCCCCGCCCCCUCCCACCGCUACCAGCCACAACAACACGCUACCCCACCCCCACUCCACCACUCGGGUAUAGGGGGCGGGUGGGGAGGCCUUCCUCCCCGGCCCUCCCUGGCCCGGCCACUCCGAAGGCAGGGAGGAGGACUUGGCAACUGGCUUUUCUCCUGUGGAGUCGUCACACGCCAUCCAGCAGCGCUAAGGUGGACAUGGGAUUCCUCCCUGCGAUGCGUGUCUUUCCCACGCAGAGAAGCCCAGUCUCUUCUCUGGAUCUGGGCCUUUGAACAACUGGGGGGUGUUUUCUCCCCCCGCAUUGGGACACCAGUCUUCGGUGUGUGGAAUGUGGUAUUUUCCCGCGUGGAGGUGUGCUUUCUCACAACGGGGUGUGUUUUCCCAUGUGCAGGGUGAGGUUUUUUUUUGCCACCCUGGACACAUGUUGGCCCCCUCAAAGAAUUUCUGUGGGGAUUUGUACCCCAGAAUCCUGUUCCCCAUCCCUUCUCCCACCUCCUCCCCUCUCCCUCCCCCUGGAGACCCUGGAAGUGGUGUGUUCCCAUACAGUGACCCUUGGCCACCAGACCACAGAGGAUGGAGCCUGGGAAGCAGCGAGGAAAUCACAGCCCCCUGGCCCCUGCCUCCCUUGCCCCCACCCCGGCGAAGCAUGUUCCCCCCGACGCCCCCCUUGGCACAAGUCAGAUGAAGCACGUUCUGCCGGAGAGGCCCUCACCUUCCAGAGAGGACAGACACAGAUUUCCUGCUGGGGGAGGGAGGAGUCCACGCAUCCCGAUGCUGCCUGGAAGCUUAUUUUCCCAUGGUCCAGGACGCAUUUCUCUGAGUGGAAACAGGUUCUUGCAUGUGGAUGUGUGUUUCCCCAGGCAGACGGCCCCUCUCUUCCCAGCACUUCCCUGCCUCCCCCAGGCCUCAGGCCCAGCACCCAGUUCCUCCUCACAUGGCAGGUGAGCACAGACUUCUAGUUGGCAGGAGUUGAGGAGGGUGAACAAACCCCGAGGGAGGCCCGGCCCAUGCUCCCGAGUUGGGGGGAGGGGGCGUGGCAACGUGCCCCCCGCAGAGGCCACGCAUGUUUGACCAAAGCCCUCAUUGUGGUCCGAGGACAGCCUUUUCCCCAGGCCUCAGAGCAUUGCUCAUCCGUGCCAAACUGGGUAGGUGGAUUUGAGCGGAAAGACUCCCAAAAUGUGCCAAGAAUUUCCCAGUCCCAGGCAGGGCAGGGGAAACUAAGGGCAAGCAGGAUACAGGGCGAGGGAUGUGGCAGGUGAGGGGGCUCCCGCCUGUGCCCCUUCUCCUCACCAUGUCUCCCCCACCCUGCCUCAGUUCUCCGUUCCCCUUCAUCUCCGUCCCCCUCUUUGAAGCUGUCCCCAUCUCAGUGUCAGACCAGCCUUCUCCUCAGCUGACCACCCUCCUCUGACCCAAGCCCCCUCCUUGUCUGAAAGAAAGGAGCCUUGAAUGGUGGAGGGAGGCAGUGGGGAGAAAGGUCUCACCAGACAGGUUGGGAGAAUGAGGUCAGCGGUGCUGGGGAACAGAUGGAGGGGGCAGUGGGGACAGGGCUUGGGCAGACACCAGCAGGAAUAAUUUGAAAUGUGUGAGGUGACUCCCCGGAGGGCCUUGGGCUUGGGCAUCUGGGAAAAGAAUGAUGUCUGGAAGGGCUUAAGGGACACAGUGGACGAGGGGAGAGUCCUCAUCUGCUGGCAUUUUGUGGGGUGUUAGUGCCAAACUUGAAUAGGGGCUGGGGUGCUGUCUUCCACUGACACCCAAAUCCAGAAUCCCUGGUCUUGAGUCCCCAGAACUUUGCCUCUUGACUGUCCCUUCUCUUCCUACCUCCAUCCAUGGAAAAUUAGUUAUUUUCUGAUCCUUUCCCCUGCCUGGUCUAGCUCCUCUCCAAACAGCCAUGCCCUCCAAAUGCUAGAGACCUGGGCCCUGAACCCUGUAGACAGAUGCCCUCAGAAUUGGGGCAUGGGAGGGGGGCUGGGGGACCCCAUGAUUCAGCCACGGACUCCAAUGCCCAGCUCCUCUCCCCAAAACAAUCCUGACAAUCCCUUAUCCCUACCCCAACCCUUUGCGGCUCUGUACACAUUUUUAAACCUGGCAAAAGAUGAAGAGAAUAUUGUAAAUAUAAAAGUUUAACUGUU